AUGGCCGCCGUCUCGAGAUCGAAACCUCCGGCGAGCCUCGAGCUCAAGUCCCUGCCCGCCUUCCGGCCCGAUCUCUAUCAGCGCGCCUGGUCCUCGACCCCUCAUCCGACCCUGCCCCUCCUCGCGACCGCCCACAACAAGGCCGUCACCAUCUUCUCCCUCUCCACCCUCUCCUCCCACAGCACCCUGACCGGCGGCCACGCCCGCUCCGUCCGCUCCUCCACCUGGAAGCCCGGCCUGCCGCCCCACACUCUCUGCCUCGUCACCGGCAGCUUCGACUCCACCGCCGCCCUCUGGCGCUGGCAAAAGGACGUCCCCUUUGACAGCAGCAGCGGCGACGACCCUUCCUCCCUCGAGGUCGAGGUCAAGCAAGGCGGCGGCGGUGACGGCGGCGACGGCGGCGAGGAUGACUGGGAGUUCAGCCUCGUCCUCGAGGGCCACGAGAACGAGGUCAAGAGCGUGGCCUUCAACCCCUCGGGCCAGUACCUCGCCACCUGCAGCCGUGACAAGUCCGUCUGGAUCUGGGAGGACGUGGGCGCCAACGAGGGCGAUGACGAGUGGGAGACGGUCGCCGUCCUCAACGAGCACGACGGUGACGUCAAGGCCGUCGCCUGGUGCCCGGACGUGCCCGGGCGGAACCACGCCGGGCCCUCGGGCCGCUUCAGCUCCGAGGUGCUCGCGAGCGCCAGCUACGACAACACGGUGCGGAUAUGGCGCGAGGACGGAGAUGGCGAGUGGGUGUGCGUCUCUGUGCUCGAGGGCCACGAGGGGACAGUGUGGGGUGUGCAGUUCGAGCAACGCGCCGACAACGCCCACUUUCCGAGACUGAUGACUUGGUCGGCGGACCAAACCAUCAGGAUAUGGACCCUGCGACGAGAGCCGGACGAGGAAGGGCACGGUGCCUCCGGGGCUGGCCAGGCGAUUGGCGCCUUCUUCGGAGGCGCCCUGGCCGGCAUCCCCAACACGAUGCGCCGGUCGAUAAGAGAAGAAUGGGAUUGCACGGCCAUCCUGCCCCAGGGUCACACCCGGGACGUCUAUUCGGCCGCCUGGAGUGCCCACUCGGGCCUGGUAGCCAGCACAGGCAGCGACGGCGUCAUCGCCGUCUAUGCAGAGGACGAGGCCUCUUCGGGAGAGCCCACAGCCGCCUCCAGCUCGGACGUUCGCAUGUCAGACGGCCCGUCGCAAGUGCCAGCGCCUGACGCGUCAACAGACGGCGGCGCUCAGCUCCCUGGAUCGACAAGAUGGAGAUUACUGGCAACAGUGCCCAAGGCACACGGCCCGUACGAGAUAAAUCACAUUACCUGGUGCAAGCGCUUCGACUCGGGUACGGAGCAGAAACGAGUCGAGGAGAUGUUGGUCACCACGGGCGACGAUGGUGUUGUACGGCCGUGGCAGGUCGUAUCGACGCAAGAUCAAUCAUGA